AUGACGGACGUCAAGAUGCAGGUGGAUAACCCACAGGAGACUGUGGAGAUGAUCAAGCAUGGGGAGAUCGACGAAUCUUUGUACAGCCGACAAUUAUACGUGCUCGGUCAUGAGGCUAUGAAGCGCAUGGGCUCGUCCAGCGUGCUGGUGGUGGGCCUCAAAGGCCUGGGUGUGGAAAUUGCCAAGAACAUUGCCCUCGCCGGUGUCAAGUCCCUCACGCUGCAUGAUCCGGCCCCCGUCGCUAUUUCGGACCUCUCCUCCCAGUUCUUUCUCCAGCCACAAGAUGUCGGAAAGCCACGCGCCGAGGUCACCGCCCCGAGAGUGGCCGAGUUGAACUCCUACGUUCCGGUGACAAUCCAUGAGGGCAGGAACCUUGCGGAUGAUCUAGAGCAGCUCAAGCGCUACCAGGCGGUAGUCUUGACGCUGACGCCGUUGAAGGAGCAGCUGGCCAUAGCCGACUUUUGCCACAAGAAUGGAAUCUAUGUUACGAUUGCGGAUACGUUUGGUCUCUUUGGUUACAUUUUCAACGACUUCGGCAAGAACUUCACGGUCGGGGAUCCCACGGGCGAGGAGCCGGUCAGCGGGAUUGUCGCCCAUAUCAACGAGGAGGGCUUGGUGUCAGCGCUCGAUGAGACCCGCCACGGACUGGAUGAUGGAGACUUUGUCACCUUCACCGAAAUCAAGGGUAUGGACGGUUUGAACAACAGCGCUCCCCGCAAAGUUACGGUCAAGGGUCCCUACACUUUCACCAUUGGAGAUGUUUCUGGCCUGGGCACCUACCAGGGCGGUGGGAUCUUCUCGCAAGUCAAGAUGCCCAAGUUUAUUGACUUUCAGCCGCUGGGGGAGCAGCUGAAGAAGCCAGAGCUGCUGAUUUCCGAUUUUGCCAAGUUCGACCGCCCCCAGCAAUUGCACAUUGGUGUCCAGGCUCUCCACAAGUUUGCCGAGGCUCAUGGUCGCCAGCUGCCUCGCCCACACAACGACAGCGAUGCGCAAGAAGUUCUGAAGAUUGCCACUGAUCUUGCUACGGCAGGAGAGGAGAAGACGGAACUGGAUGAGAAGGUUAUCAAGGAGCUGAGCUACCAGGCCCGGGGUGACUUGAAUCCGCUGGCGUCCUUCUUCGGAGGCAUUGCUGCCCAGGAAGUCUUGAAGGCGGUUUCCGGAAAGUUCAACCCUGUGCACCAGUGGAUGUACUUUGAUUCGCUGGAGUCUCUGCCUACUUCGGUCACACGAUCCGAAGAAUCCUGCAAGCCUCUUGGUACCCGUUACGAUGGACAGAUUGCCGUGUUCGGUAAAGAGUACCAGGACAAGCUCGCCAAUGUUCGUCAAUUCCUGGUCGGUGCUGGCGCGAUCGGAUGCGAGACUCUUAAGAACUGGGCUAUGAUGGGUCUCGGCACAGGUCCUAAGGGAAAGAUCUACGUCACGGAUAUGGACCAGAUUGAAAAGAGCAACCUGAACCGUCAAUUCCUCUUCCGCACCAAGGAUGUGGGCAGACUCAAGAGUGAAUGUGCCUCUGCCGCUGUCCAGGCUAUGAACCCUGAGCUUAACGACAAGAUCGUGACUCUGCGUGACCGAGUCGGGCCCGACACUGAGCAUAUCUUUAAUGAGGAGUUCUGGAACGGCCUGGACGGGGUUACUAACGCGCUGGAUAACGUCGAUGCGCGGACGUAUGUGGACCGCCGCUGCGUCUUCUUCCGCAAAUCGCUCCUAGAGAGUGGCACUCUCGGAACCAAGGGCAACACCCAGGUUGUCCUUCCCUUCGUCACCGAGUCCUACUCCAGCUCUCAAGACCCCCCGGAAAAGUCGUUCCCUAUGUGUACUUUGAAGAGUUUCCCCAACCGCAUCGAGCACACCAUUGCCUGGGCAAGAGACGUAUUCCAGACCUACUUCGUUGGCCCACCGGAGGCAGUCAAUCUAUAUCUCUCUCAGCCUGACUACAUCGAUCAGACGCUCAAGCAAGCGGGCAAUGAGAAGCAGACCUUGGAACACCUGCGGGAUUUCUUGGUCACUGACAAGCCCCUGACAUUUGACGACUGCAUCGUAUGGGGUCGCCAGCAAUUCGAGGCACAGUACAAUAAUGCCAUCCAGCAACUGCUCUAUAACUUCCCUCGUGACUCGAAGACGUCCUCGGGACAGCCAUUCUGGUCUGGACCAAAGCGUGCCCCAACGCCGUUGAAGUUUGAUAGCAUCAACCCGACUCAUCUCGGGUUUGUCAUCGCUGCCGCCAACCUCCACGCCUUUAACUACGGUAUUAAAAACCCCGGCAUCGACAAGGGCUACUACCGCAAGGUUGUGGAUGACAUGAUCAUUCCCGAGUUCACACCGAGCUCCAGCGUCAAGAUUCAAGCCGACGACAAUGAGCCUGACCCCAACGCCCAAACUUCCGGAGCUGCGCUCAACGAUAACGAAGAGAUUCAACGACUUGUCGAGGCUCUUCCCUCGCCCAAGUCUCUCGCUGGCUUCCGCUUGCAGCCCGUGGAGUUUGAGAAGGAUGAUGACACCAACUAUCACAUCGACUUCAUCACGGCGGCCAGCAACCUCCGCGCUGACAACUACGAGAUCCCUCAAGCUGAUCGACACAAGACCAAGUUUAUUGCUGGCAAGAUCAUCCCGGCCAUUGCCACUGCCACCGCUCUGGUCACUGGUCUGGUCGCUCUGGAGCUGUUCAAGGUCGUCGAUGGGAAGGACGACAUCGAGCAAUACAAGAACGGCUUUAUCAACCUUGCGCUUCCUUUCUUUGGGUUCAGUGAGCCGAUCCAAAGCCCCAAGGGCAAUUACCAAGGCAAGCAAGGCGAGGUCACUAUUGAUCGACUCUGGGACCGGUUUGAGGUCGACGACAUUCCCCUCCAGGAGUUCCUGGACUACUUUGCGGAGAAAGGCUUGGAUAUUACGAUGGUCAGCUCAGGGGUUAGCUUGUUGUACGCAAGCUUCUACCCUCCGUCGAAGGUCAAGGACCGUCUUCCUCUGCCGAUGAGCAAGCUCGUCGAGCACGUCAGCAAGAAGCCAGUCCCUGAGCACCAAAAGAAUAUCAUCUUUGAGGUGACUGCUGAGGACCAAACGGAGGAGGAUGUGGAGGUUCCGUACGUGAUGGUCAAGCUAUCGAAGUAA